AUGGCGGCCGUGAAGAGCUUGGCACCUCCCUUGUCCAUCCGGCUCCUCGAGCAACCCGCCGUCGCGUCCCAAAAAGAUCACGACGAGCUCCUGGCACUGUUGCCCGCAUCGUACCGCACAGAGUCCGGUGACUUGGCCGCUGCUUGUCAGCAUGUCAUGGCCUGUGUUGAGGAGGAGCUCGACCUGCAGCGGCUCACCAGCAUCCAUGGCUGGCUCUGGGUCGUGAAAUCUUUGUCACUGAACGGAUGGACAUGCAUCUUGUCUGGACGACCGGCCGGAUGUUCCUCAAGCCGAUCCCCCGCUUCCUCCUGGAACCGGCCUUCUGGGUCCGAUACCUCAGCUGUGGGGGAGAAUGCGGGUGUCCUCCUGACACGAGCUGCCACCCAGACGGGAUGCAAGCGUCCAGGGCUCCGUCGACGCGGACUCGGCUUCCUCUGCUUCUACGCCGCGCUGCUAUCGCACGAAAGCGAUUUCCUCAUUGUGCAAGACAAACAUCUGCUACCAUCAGAGGUAACAUGGUAUGGGUGGCGGAUAUUUGUCGAGCAGCUGGACAGGGAACACAUCCACCCCCACAUCGACCGCCGCUUCGUCCACGGCGAGCUGCGUCUGGGUCGUCUGAAUAAAAUCUAUGCCGUCACCCGAACGCCGAUGCGCGGGUAUCUGGCUCGCUGGGAUCGGUCGGGCUAG